AUGUCAUGGCAGGAGGGAGCGAAGCAUCUCGGGCACCGAGGCUUCCUCCUCGCCUUCCUCGCCCUGCUGGCGCUCACCUCCGCAGCGGCCAAAAGGAAAGACAAAGUGAAGAAGGGCGGCCCGGGGAGCGAAUGCGUCGAGUGGACCUGGGGACCCUGCACCCCCAACAGCAAGGACUGCGGGGCGGGCUUCCGUGAAGGGACCUGCGGGGCCCAGACUCAGCGCCUCCGCUACCGGGUGCCAUGCAACUGGAAGAAGGAGUUCGGAGCCGACUGCAAGUACAAGUUUGAGAGCUGGGGGUCCUGCGAUGGGAGCUCGGGCACCAAAGCCCGCCAGGGCACCCUGAAGAAGGCGCGGUACAACGCCCAGUGCCAGGAGACCAUCCGCGUCACCAAGCCCUGUGCCCCCAAGACCAAAGCCAAGGCCAAAGCCAAGAAAGGGAAGGGAAAGGACUAGAGGCCAGGCCUGAAUCCAAAGAGCCCCUGGCCCAUGUGCUCCCUCUCCCGGCCCCAGUAUAACCCACCAGUGCCUUUUGUGACUCUUCAGCUUUAUCAAUCAUGCCCUGCCCUCCCCCACCCCCCAAGUGCCCACAGUGGGGAGGGACAAGGGAUUCUGGCAGCUGGAGCCUCCCCCAAAGGAAUUU